AUGACCGUCGAUCUUGACAAACAUGCUCGCCCGGGCCGCGACUUCUAUCUAUCGUUGGGUCUAGAAGGGUCUGCAAACAAACUAGGAGUUGGAGUGAUCAAACAUAAUUUGGGCCAGCUUACACUGCUGAAUAGAGCAGAAGUUCUUUCCAAUGUUAGAGAUACGUACAUCACGCCGCCAGGAGAGGGCUUUUUGCCCCGUGAUACAGCAAGACAUCACCGGAAUUGGGUUGUACGGACGAUAAAAAAGGCUUUGGCUGAAGCUGGUGUCCGUGGGCUGGAUUUGGACUGUAUCUGCUUUACACAAGGACCAGGGAUGGGAGCUCCUUUGCAGAGUGUGGUAAUAGCAGCGAGAACUCUUUCUCAGCUUUGGGAAUUGCCAUUGGUGGGUGUCAACCAUUGUGUCGGACACAUUGAAAUGGGAAGAGAAAUCACGGGUGCAGAAAAUCCAGUCGUUCUUUACGUGAGUGGGGGAAACACGCAGGUAAUUGCGUACUCCAAGCAGCGAUACCGGAUCUUCGGCGAAACGCUUGAUAUUGCUAUCGGAAACUGCUUGGAUCGCUUUGCACGGACAUUGAAGAUUCCUAACGAACCUGCUCCAGGGUACAACAUCGAACAAAUGGCCAAGAAAGGAAAACAUCUUGUACAGUUACCUUACACAGUAAAAGGCAUGGAUUUAUCUAUGUCAGGCAUUUUGGGCUUCAUCGAUGGGUUGGCAAAGGACCUAUUCAACGAAAAAGGGAAGAAACUUGUCGAUCCAGAAACAGGAGAACCCAUCACACCUGAAGACUUGUGCUUUUCGCUUCAGGAAACAUUGUUCUCCAUGCUUGUGGAAAUAACAGAGCGGGCCAUGGCUCACGUCCAAAGUAACCAGGUGCUCAUUGUGGGCGGUGUUGGUUCCAAUGAGAGACUACAAGAAAUGAUGGCAUUAAUGGUCAAAGAUAGAAAGAAUGGCUCAGUCUAUUCUACGGAUGAACGAUUUUGCAUUGACAACGGAAUCAUGAUUGCUCACGCAGGUCUUUUGGCUUACAGAAUGGGACAGACGACCAAGUUGGAAAACACCGUAUGUACCCAGCGCUUUAGAACAGAUGAGGUAUUUGUGGAAUGGAGAGACGAUUAA